GGAGGAUAGACGGGAUAGGUUCUGAGUUAACUGCCUGGGUGGAUACCUAAAUUAACUUUAUUUAUAAUAUUGUCUUCAUUAGAAUCCAAUUCCUUUCUACUCCUACUUACCUUAUGUUAUAAUCAGUAGAGUGAGAGCUAUUCUUACAAGACUCUCUUUGGUAGCUUGAUAAAAUGGCAUCUAACCUCGACGAUUGGAGAUCCUCACUCACCUCCUCUGAUCGUUACGACAAUAUCCAAGUCAUAAAAGCCGCCCUUGACAAAACAGACAAUUCGACCUCUUUAUCACAGUCGGGUGCUUUUGCAAUUGAAAACGAAGCUUAUAAGAAUUCCACAUCGCGUAUCGAGUAUGAUGAAAUUUGUCGAAAUACAUAUGUCCAAGAAGCAUCGUCAUCAAGCCAGACACCGCCAAUUACUAUAGGACAAGAUGUUCCGGAAUCACCCGGUAUCACUAUAGGAUCCUAUUCUAAUUGUCAUUAUGUUUCUAGCGGGGUUACUGCUGAGGUAUAUCGAUCUGAGACAGUGGCUUUGAAGGUGAUAGUUGAGACCCGCAACAUAGAGCCACAUAAUCCUUUUAGGGAAGCCAAAAUUUUAAAGCUGCUAGAAGGUAGUAAGCCAUGUAUCCCUCUUCUCGAAACUUUCAGAGAUCAGGAGCAGCGAUUUACUCUAGUCUUCCCAUUUAUGCCAAUGAGCCUCGAGAGCCUUAUCCAGCAGGGGCUUUUAUCCAGAGGUCGAAUACAGAAACAUUUCACAGAUCUCUUUAAAGCUCUGGACUACAUCCACCAACAGGGUAUGAUACAUAGAGACGUCAAGCCUUCUGCAGUAUUGCUCGAAUCGGCCGAUGGCCCUGCUUAUCUUUCCGACUUUGGAACAGCUUGGCAUCCGGAGUUCUCAGUAUCCACGGAACCUCCCCACAGCAAAAUUCUAGAUAUCGGUACGGGACCAUAUCGCGCACCCGAGGCCUUAUUCGGUGAUAAGGCAUAUGGCAUUUCGGUAGAUAUGUGGGGCGUUGGGACUAUGCUCGCCGAAUGCUGUCGAGAUUCCCCUAGACCACUUUUCGAAUCUCGAGCUGCUCAUGAGGACGGCAACCAACUUGGCUUGAUACUUAGCAUUUUUAAGACUAUCGGAAGCCCUACACGAGAGUCGUGGCCGGAAGCAACUAACUUUAAGACACCCCCAUUCGAUAUGUAUCAGGUAUUCGAAGGCCGAACAUGGGAUGAUAUCUUACCAGAUGUGAACGAAGACUUUCGUAAGCUCAUUGCUGCUCUGGUGGUUUAUAACACUACUAGUAGAGCUACCGCUUCCCAAGCACUGCAGUUUGAAUGUAUGCGAAGUUGAAUUUAUAGUUUGGCUCAAAUCAUGAUCUCCAGACGUUCUGCCUUAUGAUAGCAACGUUUGGCUAUCUACAUCUCGCAUCAUGAAGGACGAGACGCAGAAACAUCUGGACUCCAGAUUCUUUGGAUGAAUCCAAUUCGCGAAUCUCAUUCUUCCGCCACGCUCGGACCGGGGUGCCGAUGCCCUCUUCAGCUCA